UUGUUGCUACCGUCUGUCGGUCCGUCCGUCCGUCUCAGCGCACACACUCGACCUCCACUGUUGCCUCCGUUCGGUCGUAACAAAUGAUCCGUACAAGCUAGCCCUCAUCGGCAAAAUCUCGAAGGACAAUAACUCAACCCUGUCCACCACGUCCAUGGCAGAUAUCCUUUUCUCUUUUAGUAACCCCACCAGUGUUUAAAAAUUCCGCCUAAAAAGAAAAAGCGUUCUGUCCCCUCUUUUGGGUUUUCAGCAGACGUGUAUAUUAACUAUCCAGAGGAUCUAGGGGCAGCUCUAUACCGAGAGCCAUUCGACUUCAACGCCGAGCCACCUUGGGAUCCUAGCUGAUAGUGGACGAGUUCAUCCCAGGACUCAUCCAUUUUGUUGCAUAAGUCUAGGACCCCAGGGGCUCGAGAGGGAACGAGCAAGAACACUUUGGACUAGCCACAUUCUUUAUGCCUGUCGGAUUAGAAGAAAACGGUUGAGAGGAUGAAGGGAAUUGCUGAUGAACCACAGUAUUCUGUCGGCCUGUUGGAGGCAGGCGCAACCCUUGGUGACGUGAUUGACAAUCACAUUUGUGAACAAACUUUGUCAGAGAAGAGUGCAUUCUUUGUAGCAGACCUGGGAGUUAUAAUGAGGCAGCAUGUUCGCUGGCGAACCCACAUGGCCCAAAUUCGACCCUACUACGCUGUCAGAUGCAACAGCAGCCCAACUGUUAUUGAAGUUCUUGCUGCUCUCGGAACUGGAUUCAUUUGCACCAACAAGUCUGAGCUCGAGCUGGUACAGGGCCAUGGCAUUCCCUCUGAAGAUAUCAUCUACGGAGGUGUUUGCAAACAAGUUUCCCAGAUUAAAUACGCUGCUAAGAAUGGCAUUGACCUCCUUGUGUGUGAUAAUGAAGCAGAGCUACGUAAGAUUUCUCGCUGCCACCCCAAUGCCAAACUGCUGCUACAGGUCUCAACAGAAGCAUCCAGCCAGGAUGAUGAGAUGAGCAUGACUUUUGGCUGCUCCCUCAAGGACUGCAGGCAUUUGCUGGAGAGGGCUAAGGAGUUGGGUGUGCAGGUGGUUGGAGUCAGGUCUCACAUUUCCAGCUCCUGUGAGGUUGACCAGGUGUAUGUUCAUGCCAUAUCUGAUGCCCGCUGUGUCUUUGAUAUGGGAGAGGAAAUUGGCUUCGACAUGAAAAUCCUGGAUAUUGGAGGUGGCUUUGCUGGCACUGAGACUCAGCUGGAACUGAUCAAUAGUGCAGUCAUGUCUAUGGUGGACCUGUAUUUCCCUCCUUCUACUGGAGUGUCCAUCAUUGCGGAGCCUGGCAGUUUCUUUGUGUCCUCUGCUUUCACUCUGGCUGUGAACGUCAUCUCCAAGGAGGUGGUGGCACGGGAUUGCCACGCACAUGAUGAUCCAUCCCCCAACGAGGAGCCAGAGUUCCAGUACUACAUGAAUGAGGGAGUGUAUGGAUCAUUUGCCAGCAAGCUCUCUGAAACAUUGAUUGCUGCUCCAUCUGUUCACAAGAAGAGCACCCUGGAUUCUUCAGUGUUCAGCAGCAGCCUGUGGGGCCCCUCUGGGGAUGACCUGGACCAGGUAGUGGAGCACUGUCUGUUGCCUGAGCUCAACAUUGGAGACUGGCUCAUUUUCACCAAAGCAGGGGCCUACAGUCUGGGUCAGCCACUCUGCAUCACCACAGACUCGCCAUCAACCCCAGUAUACUACGUCAUCUCUUCUAGAGACUGGUUUGAGAUGCAAGACACUGGUGUCAGUCAUGAGGCUACACUGAAGAACUUCUCCUUGGUCCCUUAUUUUCUCAAUUCCUGCCAAACGGAGGCUGCGCUUUCUGUCCCAGCUUAGCAAUCAUUGCACCAGGAAGACUUGUAUCUUUCCUUUGCUGGUUUCUGCUGCUUCCUCUGGCCCUACAUUCCAGUGCGAUGAAGUGAAAUGACUGCGCAGAUAGAGCUUGAAUUUGCAGGGACCAGACCAAAUUCUUCUCGCAAAUCCACAUGUAAAGUAUAGUAAGUGAUUAAACCAGGAACAACCCAAGUAGAUGUUCAUUUAUAUGCAACAAAAUGGAUGACUCCAAGAAGACGGAUGCAUUCUUCCCUUUGCUUUGGGCAUCCCAUGGCACUACCGUUUACAAUCAUACAGUAGACACAUAAUGAUUUAAAUGAUUAUAUUUGACAGAUGUAUUAUCUAUAUCUCCAUUACUGUUGCCAGUCUUGUAAAGUAAGAUGUCUAUCCCUGAGUGAAGCACUGUAUUUAAACAGAAACACAGUUCUGAGAUGUUGUAGGCUGUUUUGCUAAAAGAUGUGUAUUUAUAAUUUUAAUUGGUUGUAUAGUUUAUUUUGUGUGAUUUUGCUUUCAUGAUAACAUUUAAAAUGUGUUGUUCUUCUCAGUGUUUUGAAAUGGAAACUUGCAUACAUGGAGGCGCAUUUACUGCGUGCCAGUGUGAUCAAUGCAAAGUGUCUCCAUGACAUCCAUAUAAAGUAGUGUAGUCUGCUCUGGUGUUAGUUGGGAUGCUAAUGGCUCAGUGUUCACCAGUAAUCUGGUGUUUCAGUGUUUUUAUUAAGUGCUGAUUAGCUUGCUUGGACCAGCAGGUGACUGCUAUGCCAUCACAUAGCAAAGCAGGUUUAUUAUACAGUAUGUGCUGCAGAUGUAACAAGGGAAGUGUUGAUGGAUAAAGAAUCAGUUGACUUUGGAAUGGAGACUUUCUAAAACGAGAAUCAUUUAUAAUGCUCAAACACUUGCUUUUUUGCUAUUUCUAUUGAAUUUGUUCAAGAGGAAUUCUUUUCAACAUCAAUGGCUGUUGAAAGAGCAAUAGUAUUUCCCAACUGUGGAAAUAUACUUAUACAAGUGUGUGUCAUAUCUUUGAAAUUGUCUCCCCAUCUGUGUCUAAGGCAUGAUGAAUUAUUGGGCAUAUGUCUGUUUAAAACUUGUAUCUGUGCUUGUCAACGUGAACAGUAAUAAACACCUCAUUGACUGGA